AUGUCGACCUCUCUUUUAAGGGACGCUGAACUUGACCCUGAGGCGCAUUCGGGAGAAGAUCAAGAUCACAUGGACAAGGACCAUCACGACGUGCAGGGACACCCGAGCGAGUUCGAGGUGAAGGAGCAGGAUAGAUGGCUUCCGAUUGCAAAUGUGGCUCGUAUUAUGAAAUUGGCCCUGCCCGAGAACGCCAAGAUCGCAAAAGAAGCCAAGGAGUGCAUGCAGGAAUGUGUGAGCGAGUUCAUUUCAUUCAUCACAAGUGAAGCCUCGGAGAAAUGCCAACAGGAGAAGCGCAAGACAGUCAACGGCGAAGACAUCCUAUUUGCUAUGACAUCGCUUGGAUUUGAGAACUACGCUGAAGCCCUCAAGAUCUAUUUGUCCAAGUACCGCGAGGUAGAGGCCCCCGAAAUCCCAGGACCAACUCUAGGACCCUUUUCUAGAACCGAGCCUCGAGCAGUUGUUGGUUCUGAAAGACUAACUUCAUCUCAGACUCAAUCUGCCCGCGGCGAUAACCAGAGGCCCCCAAGCGCUGACUAUGGAGCUGGGGGACCCGUCGGUGGCCCUGGUGAACCUGGUCCAGCUCGUCCCAUAGGAUUCUCCAAUGCCGAAGGCGCGAACCAUCUGCUGAACGCCAACCUUGACCAGUCCGGGCAAGACGCCUCCGCCUACAGCUAUUCCUCCAUGGUUGGUCAGCCUCACACUGGUGCAGGCGGCGAGUCAUACUAA